CCCGCUGAGCUGCGCGAGGGCUCGAAUGCUGGUGAGAGGAGGGGACGCAGGUGUGGAAGGCCGGGGAAGCCGAGGUCGCUCUGCUACAGGCCAGCCUUGCAAUGGAUCCUGUCCGACCACCCUUCAGGGGCCCGUCUCCUGUGCACCCAUCUCAGUCUGUGCGGAUGCCGGGCUCUUGGCAACAGGCUCCAAAACCUUUGGACCCAGCUCUGGGCAGGGCAGGACCUGCAGGCAGAGGCCAUGUAUUUGGAAAGCGAGAGGAGCCAGGCCCACAGAGUGGGCCAGUGCAAAAGGAAUCUGUGGGUUUGGUCUCAAUGUUCCGAGGACUGGACCUUGAAACAGUGUCCCGGACCCCUGUGGAACAGGAAAUGCCUCCUUUAGGUAGAGGCAUUUUAGGUCGAGGCUUGUCUACCAGUAUGGCACGCAAGGACAAAGAAGAACCCCAUCCCACUUUUCUGGAUCCUUCAGUGUUGGCAUCUGGAGAUAGCAAGAUGGCAGAGGCCUCCGUUGGUUGGAAUAGAAUGCUUGGAAGAGGGAAUUUGGAUGCCUUUUUACUACCGAUGGGAAGAGCAGCUGGUGGUAUAGGCAGAGGAGUAUACAAGGCUCCCGGUGCUCUCAGCCUGAAUCCUCAGGAUCCUGCCCAGCUGUCAUCUCCGCCACCUCUGCCCCCGGCCCCACUGCACUCCCUGGAUCGCCGUCCACUUGGGACUGCAGAACACAAGGAAAAAGAGCCUUUUGUGAAGCAAGGAUCAAAAGGAACACCUGAAUCUUUGGGAUUGAACCUUAUCAAAAUACAGUGUCAUAAUGAAGCAGUUUAUCAAUAUCAUGUGACUUUCAGCCCCAAUGUGGAGUGCAAAAGGAUGAGGUUUGGCAUGUUGAAGGACCAUCAAGCUGUCACCGGAAACAUCACUGCUUUCGAUGGAUCCAUUCUCUAUCUGCCUGUUAAGCUUCAACAAGUUCUUGAGUUAAAAAGUCAAAGGAAAACUGACAGUGCCGAGAUCACCAUUAAGAUUCAGUUGACAAAGAUCCUGGAGCCCUGUUCUGACUUGUGCAUUCCGUUCUACAAUGUUGUUUUCCGUCGGGUAAUGAAACUUUUAGAUAUGAAGCUGGUGGGGAGAAACUUCUUUGACCCUACAAGUCCUAUGGUACUACAGCAACACAGAUUGCAGAUCUGGCCGGGCUAUGCAGCUAGCAUCCGGAGGACAGAUGGAGGUCUUUUCCUGCUAGCUGAUGUCUCCCAUAAGGUCAUUCGGAAUGAUUCUGUGCUGGACGUCAUGCAUGCCAUGUACCAACAGAACAAAGAAGACUUCCAGGACGAGUGCACCAAGCUUCUGGUUGGCAGUAUUGUCAUAACCCGAUACAACAAUCGUACCUAUCGUAUUGAUGAUGUGGAUUGGAAUAAGACUCCAAGAGAUAGCUUCACGAUGUCUGAUGGGAAGGAGAUUACAUUCUUGGAAUACUACAGCAAAAACUAUGGGAUCACAAUAAAGGAGAAGGACCAGCCACUGCUGAUCCACAGGCCCAGUGAGCGACAGAAUAACCAAGGGAUGCUGCUAAAAGGUGAAAUCCUGCUGCUGCCUGAGCUUUCCUUCAUGACUGGAAUCCCUGAGAAGAUGAAGAAGGACUUUAGAGCCAUGAGGGAUUUGACCCAGCAGAUCAACCUGAGCCCCAAACAGCACCAUAAUGCUUUGAAAUGCUUGCUACAGAGAAUUUCAAAAAAUGAGACAGCCAACAGUGAACUGACACGUUGGGGACUCUGUCUGCAGAAGGAUGUACAUAAGAUUGAAGGACGUGUUCUGCCAAUGGAAAGAAUUAACUUACGGAAUACGUCAUUUAUCACAUCUCAGGAACUAAACUGGAUUAAGGAAGUAACCAGAGACCUUUCCAUCUUAACUGUCCCCAUGCAUUUCUGGGCGCUGUUUUACCCAAAGAGAGCAAUGAAUCAAGCCCGAGAACUGGUGAACAUGUUAGAGAAGGUAGCUGGCCCCAUUGGCAUACGCAUGAGCCCACCAGCCUGGGUGGAACUGAAGGAUGAUCGCAUAGAGACCUAUGUCAGAACCAUUCAAUCCAUGCUGGGAGUUGAGGGGAAGAUACAGAUGGUUGUUUGCAUCAUCAUGGGCACACGUGACGACCUCUACAGGGCCAUUAAAAAGCUGUGCUGUGUGCAGACUCCCGUGCCCUCGCAGGUCAUCAAUGUCCGAACCAUUGGCCAGCCCACCAGGCUUCAGAGUGUGGCCCAGAAAAUUUUACUCCAGAUUAACUGUAAAUUGGGUGGUGAGCUCUGGGGAGUGGAUAUUCCUCUGAAACAAUUAAUGGUGAUCGGGGUGGAUGUUUAUCACAACCCCAGCAGAGGCAUGCGCUCCGUGGUUGGCUUUGUCUCAAGCAUCAGUCUCACCCUCACAAAAUGGUAUUCACGAGUGGUAUUCCAGAUGCCUCAUCAGGAGAUUGUGGAUAGCCUGAAGCUGUGCCUGGUGGGCUCCUUAAAAAAGUUCUAUGAGGUGAACCACUGUCUCCCAGAGAAGAUUGUGGUGUACCGUGAUGGAGUGUCUGAUGGCCAACUAAAGACAAUUGCCAGCUAUGAGAUUCCUCAGCUACAGAAGUGUUUUGAAGCUUUUGAGAAUUAUCAUCCCAAGAUGGUGGUAUUUGUAGUUCAGAAGAAAAUCAGCACCAAUGUGUACCGGUCUUCUACCGAGCGCUGUGUGACUCCCUCCCCCGGGACUGUGGUAGAUCAUACAAUAACAAGCUGUGAGUGGGUGGACUUCUACCUUCUUGCCCAUCAUGUACGACAGGGUUGUGGCAUUCCUACCCAUUAUGUUUGUGUUCUCAACACUGCACACCUGAGCCCUGAUCAUAUGCAGAGGUUGACUUUCAAACUGUGCCACAUGUACUGGAAUUGGCCUGGUACCAUUAGAGUUCCAGCUCCUUGCAAGUAUGCCCACAAGCUAGCUUUCCUGUCAGGACAAAUCUUGCAUCACGAACCAGCCAUCCAGCUGUGUGAGAACCUGUUCUUCCUGUGA